AUGACUCAAGAAAACAUCUUCCUCUUCGUUCCUAAUCUGAUCGGUUACGCCCGUAUCGUUCUGGCGCUGGUGUCCUUUUUCCUGAUGCCAUGCUGCCCGUUUCCCGCCUUUUUCUGCUACAUGCUUAGCGCUCUCCUGGAUGCCUUCGACGGCCAUGCCGCACGUGCGCUCAACCAGUCGACGCAGUUCGGAGCCAUGCUGGACAUGCUAACAGACCGCUGCGCAACCAUGUGCCUGCUGGUCAACCUGGCGCUUAUCUACCCAUCGUACUUGUUCCUCUUCCAGCUCAGCAUGUGUUUGGACAUCGCCAGUCACUGGCUGCACCUGCACAGCUCCACAGUCAAAGGCUCGGCCAGCCACAAGAGCAUCGACCUUUCCGGGAAUUGGCUUUUACGACUCUACUACACCAAUAAGGUGUUUCUGUUCGUGAUGUGUAUGGGAAAUGAGCUCUUCUUCUGCCUGCUCUACAUCCUUCACCACUUAGAAGAACCAAGCGGGCUGCUAUACAUCCUACUUGUGGCGAGCGGAGUGGUGUGUGCACUCAAGUCUUCCAUCAGUUUGGUCCACCUGGUAACGGCGUCUCAGAAUAUGGCUGCUAUAGACGUGGCAGCCCGGCGUGCCGCCGCCGGGAAGUCACAGUGA